AGUCGGCAAUGGCCGGCUUUGGGACUCGGCUGCCCCGCUGGUCCUCCCCCCUCGACCGGCUUAAACACCGAGACAACGCAACGUCUGGGAACCGACCGAGGAGGCUGCAUCGCAAAAACCGCACGAGAUGAAGACUACCGUGAGGCUAUGGAAACCCGCUCUGCGGGCGCAGCGCCGCGCGUUCUCAUCGACGUCCCGCAGACUGGACAGCUAUGCUUUCAUUGGCUUGGGCCAAAUGGGGUUUCAGAUGGCGCGCAAUCUCCAGUCGAAGCUACCGCCCAAUGAUACCGUCCGCGUGUUCGACAUCAACAAAGCCGCGGCAGACAAAUUGGUGCAUACGAUGCAGACGCAACAAGCCGGCGGUGCAGCUGCUACUGUGGCUUCCAGCGCUGGGGAUGCAGCCCGUGAGGCGGACACGGUGAUUACCUGCCUCCCGGAACCGCAGCACGUCAAAUCGGCGUACGCGGAUAUUCUGUCGGCGUUUGACGGUCGCGAUACUGGAGAGGCUUCCGGCCGCAGCAAACCGCGGCUCUUCAUCGACUGCUCCACUAUUGACCCGACCUCGUCGCGCGAGGUUGCCGCUGCAGUGUCCUCUGCCCUCCCGAACGGCGCGGGGAGCUUCGUCGACGCGCCCAUGUCGGGCGGCGUCGUUGGGGCGACUGCUGGAACGUUGACGUUCAUGCUCGGAGCACCAGAGGGUCUGGUCAGCCGCAUCGAGCCGAUCCUUCUCCGGAUGGGCAAGCGAGUGUUGCACUGCGGUCCGCAAGGGGCCGGCUUGUCAGCCAAGCUGGCCAACAACUACCUGCUCGCGAUUGAGAACAUCGCGACGGCUGAGGCCAUGAACCUCGGCGUGAAGUGGGGCCUAGACCCUAAGGUCCUUGCGAGCGUCAUCAACGUCAGCACUGGGAGGUGCUGGCCAAGCGAGAUCAACAACCCGGUGCCAGGCGUCGUCGACACCGCGCCCGCCGGCCGGGAUUACCAGGGAGGUUUCGGCAUCGGGUUGAUGCGCAAAGACCUGCGACUCGCUAUGCUCGCGGCGAGGGAGGCAGGGGCGGUGCUUCCUCUAGCUGAGAAGGCAUCAGAGGUGUACGCGACUGCCGAGGCGGACGAAAGGUGUAAAGGGCGCGACUUUUCGGUCGUCUACCGGUGGCUUGGUGGAAAGGAGUGAUGACGAGCGCUCAUCGGUUCUUGGCCUCCCAUCGGGUCACCGCUUCAUCUGCCAUCAAUACAGUGUCUCGUAACGUUGUAUUCAUCAACACCUCUCGCAGUUCCCUCCGAUUGCACGUGCCCGCCAGUUUCUGGAAGAACCGAAACCUGGAGAAGCCCCUUCACGGCACAUGCAGCUUGUCUUCCUGUCUUCCCUGUCCCGUCCCA